GCAACAUGGCAGCCCCGGGAGCUGGUGACCCUCUCCAUGCCAAGAGUGGAAAGGCCCCUGUGGCUCAGCGCAUCGACCCAACUCAGGAGAAGCUGACUCCCGAGCAGCUGCAAUUCAUGCGGCAGGUGCAGCUCGCCGAGUGGCAGAAGAGUCUGCCACAGCGGCGGACCCGGAACAUCGUGACUGGCCUGGGCAUCGGGGCCCUGGUGUUAGCUAUUUAUGGCUACACCUUCUACUCCGUGUCCCAGGAGCGUUUCCUAGAUGAGCUGGAGGAUGAGGCCAAAGCUGCCCGAGCCCGAGCCCUGGCAAGGGCAUCAGGCCCCUGAACCGGAUGGGCACUGCACGUCUCCAACCUGCUGGAGCCCCUUCACAUGAUGGAUGAUGCCCUAUGACCCUGUCGGAAUCAAAGCCUGCACACAGCAUCGUUGGCCUCAACCUUGGACGAUGAUUGAGCCCAGGAAUUUUCUGCAUUUGUCCAGGUCAAGAGAAUAUUGCCCACUUUACACAAACUGUGUCCAGUCACUGAGCCCUUGUAUUUUGUUUCUUUGUUUGAGAGUUAUACGUCCUUAGCUUUU